CGUCAGGGAGGCGAAACCCAGAAGAAAAAAGGCACGAGGGCGGAAGGGGAAAAACUUUAUUUUUUCUCUUUUUCUCCUCCGUGGCUGAAGUGAGGGGCAGGCGAUUGCGCCAGCACGGGCUUCCCGGAGAGAGCCGGCGCGACCUCAGCCGGCGGCGGCGGCGUGCGGGAGCUGGGCCGGGGAGGCCCGACGGGGCGCCCAGCAUGUGGGACCCGCAGGAGUUUGAGCGCCACUGGCAGGCCGAGUUCCCUGGGGAGGAGGCGCCGGUCAUGAGGUUGGACUCGGUCCUGGACAUGGAGCGGGAGCUGGAGCGCUGCAAACUCAACCUGAAACGGCUGCAACAGGUGUUGGCGGAGGAGAAGUUCAAAGUCUCAUACCUGCAGGCGGCCCUCGCCGGGGAGAAGCCAGACCUCGGCCGCGGGCGCCCGGCGUACGGAGACGGGGGCAGCGCGGGAGGGCGAAGUCGGAGCCCGUAGGGCCAGAGCAGGCGCCACCAUCGCGCGUGGAGGAGGGUACCGCGGGCGACAGAGACCCCUCGGGACCCGUGCCCCGGGACCCAGAGGUGGUGGCCGAGGCCGAGGCUCCCCCGAGUGUGCCUAGACUUUCCAGUCUGGCCUG